AUGGUGGACGCCAUCAAAGCGAAGGCGAAUCAAGGAGUAGAGAUCAUUUCGACGCUCCUUAAUUCGAAUCCUCCUGAAGAACGGAGAGUUCCAUUAAAAAAAUGUGCUUUUUCAUAUAAGGUAAUUUUGACAGUAAGUUUGCCUUUAGCUAUUGAAGCUUUAACUAAAGGGAACCCAAAAUUUGCUGAAGAUGGCAUGGUUGGAUGUUUUGGAGAUUCUCAGAAUUGUGAGGAAAAUUUCAAGAGUAGUAUUUCACCUCUUACUUGUUUGAACAAUGCAGUACAUGAGCUUUCUGGGCAGAGCAAUUAA